CAGGUCUUGGCCCACCAGCAGGUGACGAAGAAGGAGAUGCGGUCCGUGCACAAGGAGGCGAACCUGCUCAUCGAGACCGCGGGCGAGGAUCGCAUCAUGAACGACCAGCGGACGGUGUUCAACGUGCUCGAGAAGGGGGGCAAGACGCAGCACGAGCGAAUUUUCACCUACGACAGGAUCCGUGACGACACCGUCUUCGACCCGAGGACUCCGAAGGACACGAACCACCCGCACCUCACCGCAGCCGCUCGCAAGCGCUGCCAGGUGCACCUGACGGCGGGCAACUCCAUGAGGACCUCGCAGGUCUUAUGGCCGGCUGCCGCCGCUGGACACCCCCAACAUGGGCUUCGGUGUCACCUCGUGCUUCGCGAACGGCGCCAUGGACAGGUCGCACCUCUCGACCGGUGGCGCUUGGAGUGCGGGACCUGCGGUGAGGUGAAAGGCCCGGUCCCAGGGAAUGGGGUCGAGAUCAGGGGUUUGAGAGGGGGGAGACGGAUCGACGAGCGCGGUGGGAGUGGGGACGGGCGCGCUGGCGACCCGACGAGGGCCUCCUUGUUUUGGCAGCUCUCCUAGCGAGCGUGGAGCUCUCCGUCUUUCGUGCCCAUGCGGCUCCCCGAGGGAGCACGCCCGCGCGGACUGCCCGACUCUGACCACUGCCCUUCGGCAGGGGAAAAGGGAA